AGAGAGUGUUGAACAAGAUGGCGGCGUUCGGCAGCGAAAGGUGGCUGGGUGAUUUACCGAACCAUGCCAUUUUCAAAAAAAUACGAGAGAAGUUGGAUUUGGAGUCGAAGUCAAACGAGAAAGAAGUCGUUAAAAAUCUGACGUUUUGUUUGGGCGGGGACUUUUUCGUGUGGGACGACUCGGAAAGCGUGUUUUACACGACCAACCUGCGGCAGCUGAACUCGGAGGAGGAGAGCGAAAGCAGCGGGAAGUUUCAGACCUUGUUGUGCAUCAACCCGCCUCUCUUCGACGUGUGCCAGGUGUUUGUGAGCCCGGCGCAGCGCCACGUCGCGCUGGUCGGCCAACGGGGCGUCUCGGUCCUGGAGCUCCCGCAGCGGUGGGGCAGGAGGUCCGAGUUCGAAGGGGGACGGGACCGAAUCAACUGCAGAACCAUCCCGGUGGCGGAGCGCUUCUUCACCAGCUCCCCGUCGGUGAGUCUGCGGCAGGCGGCGUGGUACCCGAGCGAGACCGACGACCCCCAUCUGGUUCUGCUCACAUCCGACAACACCAUAAGGUUUUACGGCCUGAAGUCGCCCCAGACCCCAGCCAAAGUCCUGUCGGUGUCCCAGUCUGAGGACGACAGCAGCGUCCACCCCCCGGCCCGGUCCUACGCUGCAUCUCUCGGGGAAGUAGCUGUAGCUUUUGACUUUGGGCCAAGUUCAGCUCCUCCUCGGCAGCUGGCAGCCCAGCUCUUCAAGGAGCAGCCGGUUUAUCCUCUGUACAUCCUCUAUGAAAACGGGGAGACCUAUGUGAGCUACACGGGUCACACAAACGGGUUGAGUUUCAGUAACCCUGCAGGACCCCUCCCCAUGUACCCUGCGGCUGAGGACAACUACGGCUAUGAUGCUUGUGCCAUUCUGUGCCUGCCCUGUGUGCCCAGCAUCCUGGUGAUCGCCACGGAGACGGGGACGCUCUAUCACUGCGUGGUUCUGGAGUGUGAUGAGGAGGAAGAGUCCGGGGCGGUGGAGAAGUGGAUCCGACGCGCCGGGGCUGUUCCGGCUCUGUAUGUGUUUGAGUGCGUUGAGCUUGAGCUCACGCUCAAAGUGGCUGCGGACGACGACGAGCCCCAGGAGUUCGACUUCACCUGCCCGAUCAGGCUGCACCGAGACCCCCUGUGUCAGCAGCGGUACCACUGCACCCAUGAGGCGGGGGUGCACAGCGUGGGGCUGAUUUGGGUCAACAAGCUGCAGAGGUUCCUUCAGUCCGGCGAGGAGGACAAGGACAGUCUCCAGGAGCUGGCUGCAGAGAAGCGCUGCAUCGUAGAGCACAUUCUUUGUACCAGACCGCUGCUGACCAGCUCGUCCGCUCCUGUUCUGGGCUUCUUAAUCGUGUCCGACCUCUCUUUGGGUGCCACCAUGAUCUGCAUCACCGCCACCUACGAGUGCAUCAUGUUGCCCCUGCUGAGCUCCAUUCGCCCUCCCUCCCCUCCUCUGCUUUGUUCCCAUCCAGGUCCCGGUUCUGGGAGCUCCCCUCUGCGUGGGCUCGCCAACGACUCCUUUGAGCAGCACAUCCGCAACAUCCUGGCUCGCAGCUCCACCAACCCCGUCGUGCUCAAGGCUGGCGACAAGGACGCCCCGCCGCCACCGCCGGAGUGUCUGCAGCUCCUCAGCAGAGCCACGCAGGUCUUCCGUGAGGAGUACAUCCUGAAGCAGGACAUGGCCCGCGAAGAGAUGCAGAGGAGGGUGAAGCUCCUGAGGGACCAGAAGAACAAGCAGCUGGAGGAGCUGGCUCUGUGCCGGGAGGAGAAGAAGAGCUUAAGAGAGGCGGCGGAAAGGCUGGCCGAUAAGUACGAAGACGCCAAGUAUCGUCAGGAAACCAUCACGAACAGAGUCAAGAAGGUUCUGUGCAGCCUGCAGAGCCAGCUGCCCGUUCUGUCCAACAGCGAGAAGGACAUGAAGAAGGAGCUGCAGACCAUGAGCGAUCAGCUGAAACACCUGGACAACUGCAUCAGGCAGGUCAACAUGAAGAUGGAGUACCAGAAGAAACAAGUGGACAAGGACAUGUCUGCAGCCAGGACCACCGUCUCACUGAACGCCCACCAGAAGAAGGUUGUCCAGGACGUCCUCAGAGAGCAGGGACAGCAGAUCGGGGACAUGAUGAAGCAAAUCAAAGACGUCAAAAACCACUUCAGCUUCUGAACGUCUCCAAAAACUUUGUUCUCUUCAGUUUAUUCUGUUUGUACAUUCAGAACAUUUUGAACUCAAUCAAACCAAGUUUUUGACGUGAUUUAACUUUUAGAAUUAAAAAAAUAAACAUUUUCUGUAGCGGUUUGUACUAAUUUUA